GGAUUGAAAUGUAGUCGUCCAAAGAAGAUGGAUGAUGUGUCACAUCAAGAGGAAGCACUCAAUGCUUUACGAAGAUCUGUGAAAGAAGGAAACCUUCCUCAUUUGCUCUUUUAUGGUCCUCCCGGAACAGGUAAAACUUCCACAAUAUUAGCACUGACACACGAGUUGUUUGGACCUGAUCUGUCAGACCGUGUCUUGGAGAUGAAUGCCUCAGAUGAGCGUGGUAUCGAUGUAAUCCGCGAGAAAGUGAUUUUAUUCGCACGUCAAUCUGUUCGCCAAUCCAUUCCUGGUUAUCCAUCGCCUCCCUACAAAAUCAUCAUCAUGGAUGAAGCCGAUUCCCUCACAAUGGACGCACAGAGCGCUCUGCGUCGCGUAAUGGAGCAGUAUUCCCGUGUAACGCGCUUCUGUUUCAUCUGCAACUACAUCUCAAAAAUUAUCCCCGCUCUCUCCUCCCGAUGCGCGCGCUUCGAGUUCGGCGCUCUUCCCCGCGGGAGUGUGCUGGAACGGUUAUCUUUCAUUUGUGGGGAGGAAAAAAUCGAGAUCGAAAACGAAGCCUUGGAUUUCAUUUUCGACCAUUCCCGCGGGGAUCUGCGUGCGGGGAUUCAGUUAUUGCAGAACGCGGAGACGGUUAACCGCGGGAAAAAGAUCACGGUGAAGGAUCUGGAGAGCAUUACGCUGAAUAUCCCGAAGACGGUGCUGUUCCGACUGUGGGACACGAUGGAAGCAACGAAAAAAGCGUCGAGCAUCGCGAAGCUGCGACAAGUGGUCGAUGCGAUCUGUAUGGAUGGCUAUCCCGUGUCGGCGCUGCUUUCGGUGAUUUCGGAUCGAGUAGUGGGAGAUGAGAAGCUGAGCGACGCGCAGAAGGCGGAGAUCGCGCUGAUCUUGGCGAAUGCCGACAAGGCGACGGUGGAUGGAUGCGACGAGGAAUUAACACUACUGGAUGUUUGCUGCUCGAUCGUGAAAUGCUUGUAG